AUGUCGGAGGCCCUCCUCUUAUCGAUGAUACAGAAGCUGAAGUUUUGUCCUCUCAUCUCGGAGGACCAAUCAUAUGAGGAUGAGGAUUUAAUUUGUGAUUUAGUAUAUCUCAGCCAGCGAAUGACUGAUGUUAAAAAAGAGAUGAGUGAGAUUGUGGAUAUAGUGAGGGACAAGAAAUUGGAAGAGGGGAGAAGCCUAAAUUUUUUGGUAUCUGACCUUGUCGACGCGGCUGAAGAUGUCUUCCACCUUGUUAAAAAAUGGGAAACCUGUGAUAGAAACUAUGAUUCCAUCUAUGAAUGGAUCGGAGAGAUCAAAAAGCGGAUGCUUAAACUGGGAGAUGAUGAGUCCAACAUGAGAUCAAUAUCAGAAAAUGUUGAAGAUGACAAAUAUGUGGUGGGCUUGGACGAAGAUCUGGAAAUGUUGAUUCGCACAAGGAUUAUUGGUGGGGCCGGAUACAACAGUUGGGCUGGAAAGACAAUGUUUCGCGAAAGGAUUAUUGGUCGGAAAGGAGACCCUAAGACUUGUGGUACUGGAAAGACAACUCUUGCCAGGGAGAUAUACAACCAUCCAACCGUCAUUCAAUACUUCGACCGUCGUGCUUGGGUACAAGAUCCUCAUAAUCUCCAUACAUCUUCCUUAUUGGAGAAUAUGGACAACCGGAGCCUCCAAGCUAUGCUUUGCCAACACCUGCGAGGGAAGAGAUAUCUUAUAGUUCUCGACAACGUUCCCAAAAAGAUAUACUUCGCGUCUUUCUUGGAAGCUCUUCCGAAAAACUUCAAUGGCAAAUUGCUGCUCACAAGUUACACGAUGCAUAUCAACAUACAUGUAGACGAUGAAAAUGUUCAUCAGAUGAAACCUUUGGAUUCUGAUCAGAGCUGGCAGUUGUUUUUGAAAACAAUAAACCAUGGCAACAAAUUGACGGGUGGGCACAAAUUCCCAAUGUCCUUGCAGCCUAUGGGAAAACAAAUGUUGAGAAAAUGUGACGGUCUGCCAUUAGCUAUAAAAGAGGUGGGAAAGCAGUUAGUGGAAAAGAAAGUCUCGGGUAAAAGUGAAUGGGCACAACUUCUUGAAUCAGUUGAUUUUGGUUCAGUAUUGAAGUUAUUGGAAUCGUUUUAUCAUAAAUUGGAUCCCAAACUGGAGUCAUGUUUCAUGUGUAUGGCCUUCUUUAAGCAAAAAAUAACUUUGAGGAAAGAAAAGUUGACAGAGAUUUGGGUUGCAGGGGGAGUGGUUUCAAGAUAUGACUGUGAAUCAUAUUUAGACGAUUUGAUCAAUGAAUCUGUUAUUGAUGUCAAGGACAAGAGUACAGAGUAUCGCAUGAAUGCUUUGCUACACAUGCUAUCCAUUCAAAAAGCAGAGGAGAAACUUGGUUUUGAGAUUCUAAGGAACAAUAAUGGAAACAAUCGACCCUCUGAGAGUCCUCGUCAACAUUGUGUUAUUAUUUGUAGCAGAGACAAGUUCAGCUACUCCACGGAUCAAGAUAAAUAUCUUGUUUCUCUCUUUUUCCAUGGAGGUGGUUACUUCGACACUACUCCAUCAUAUUGGAAGCGCUUUGAACUACUUGAUAUACUUGACUUGGAAGAUUUUGGGUUGAAGAUUUUCCCGGAAACUAUCGGCAGAUUGAUGGAAUUAAGAUACUUGGGAUUGAGAAAUAAUUACAUACAAGAGCUCCCAGGCUCAUUGGGGUGCUUGAAAAAGCUUGAGGUUCUUGAGAUGGCUCAGAACUUUAUGGUGGAGGUCCCAGAUAUUAUUUGGGAAAUGGAUAGCCUUCUUCACCUCUACAUGUCUGAUGUGAUUUGCCGCAAGCCUUUGAAGGUAGGUGCGCUACAGAAUCUGAAGACCUUAACCUACAUCUCGGUUGAUAAUUGGACGUAUGAGCUCUCGGGCUUAACAAUGUUGACUCGUCUUGAAAAGUUGGGCAUAGAAGAAUUGGAUGGAAAUUCAGAUGUAAGCAAGCUGUUUGUGUCAUUGGCUGACUUGAAGAAUCUUAAACAUCUAAUUUUAAGAGGGUAUCGUUUCAGAAGCAUGCCUUGUUUGGACGAGCUUCGUAUUCUACAAAGUGUUCGUACACUCAAAUUGGAUGGAUGCCUUGCCAGGCUUCCAAGAAGUUUCCCUCCAAAUAUUGUUUCAUUGACGUUGGUUAAUAGCUAUCUUGAUGAAGACCCCAUGCCACUACUAGGGAAGCUAUGCUGUCUAGAGUACCUCAAAUUGCGGAAUGCAUACACUGGUCAACAAAUGGUCAUCUUGGUUGGUGGUUUUCCCGAGCUCGAGGUCCUGUACAUCGAAGAGUUGUGGAACCUGAGAAAUGUACAAGUUGCAGAAAGUGGAAUGAUUUGGCUCACGAAAUUAUUAAUCUAUGAUUGUCCAUAUCUGGAUACCCUUCAGGAAGCGAUUGGGUCGUUUUCAUUUUUGAAUGAGUUAAAGAUGGUGACAACCAAAAGCAUUGCAGCAAAUAUCAGGAAUUCAGACUUAAUCUCCAAAAUAAGGACCAUGAAUAUCAACCCAUGA